AUGGCGGGCGGCGAGCAGAAAGGGGGAGAAGGCAUCCUCGGGGAACCGCUUCCUCCUUCUCACGAGCCGCCGCAGCCCCUCACUCAGGGGUUCCCCGAGGAGCAGCCCCAGCCCGGCCCGCCUCACGGCGAGGAUGAGCAAGAGGAGGACGGCGAAGAGGAAGAGUCAGAGCGCUCAGAGGAGCAGCUGAAGGGGGUGUUGGAUGAAGACACUGCUGCUGAGGGACUCCACACCUUGGGCUACUCAGCCCCUGGGACUGAAUAUGCUUAUCUUCAUCUGUCACUUCCAGGUCGAGAGCUGAGUGACAUCAGCAUUCUCUCUGGAUACAUUCACCUGCAGAAAAUGGAGCUUUCCUCCAAUAAAAUUAAUGAUCUUUCCUGUAUCAGUCACAUGCCUUAUUUAGUAGAGCUGAAUGCUUCCAAAAACAAACUGACCACGUAUUUCAGUUUUAAAGCACCUAAAAACCUCAAGGAAGUAGAUUUUUCACACAAUCAAAUCCCAAAAAUGCAAGAUUUGUCAGCAUAUCACUCACUCACCAAACUCCUGCUGGAUUUUAAUGAGAUUGAGGAGAUCCAAGGGCUGGAGAAGUGUCACAGCCUGAGCCAGCUGGGUUUGUCACACAACAGACUCACCACCAUCCAGGGCCUGGAGAAUUUGCCCAUCAGAAUCCUCAACCUGAGCUUUAACCAGAUUGAGAAGGUGAAUGGGCUGAAGACCUUGAAAGCUCUGCAGAGGGUGGAUCUGUCCAAGAAUAAAAUCAACAGUCUGCAAGGCUUGGAGGAGCACAGUCUACUGGAGGUGAUCAACCUGGAGGAUAACCAGGUGGCUGAGCUGAGUGAGCUUAAAUGGAUUGAAGAUCUGCCUCUCCUCAGGAUUUUAAAUCUUCUAAAAAACCCUCUGCAGGAAGAGGAAGGUUACUGGCUCUCGGCGAUUUUCAUGUUGCUCCAAGUCACAGAACUGGAUCUCAAGGAGGUUUCUGUGGAAGAAAAGGUUGCUGCUGUGAAUAAAGGGGACCCUCCUCCAGAGGUUGUGGCUGCUGAAGAUCACAGGACUCACCUUUCGUACAACUUUCAGCGGCCCCAGAGAGUCCUGGACAGCACUUUGCUUGAUGCUGAUGACCCCUACCCCAUGCUGGUGUUACUGGGCCCUCUGGCCUGUGGGAAGAGGCAACUUUCUCUCAAAAUCUGCAAAAAACUCAAGAAUUUCUUCAGAUUUGGGCCCUGUCACACCACCAGGACAGCUUAUUUUGGGGAGGAAAACAGACUCGAUUAUUAUUUCAUUUCUCAAGAAGAAUUUGACAAAAUGGUGAAAGCAGGAGAAUUUCUGGCAACCUACGAGUACAGCGGCCACCGCUAUGGACUGGCAAGAGAAACCCUGGAAUCCAUAGCCAGGGAGGGGCUGGGUGCCUGUGUCCACCUGGAAAUUGAGGGUGUUCGUAGCUUGAAAAAUACCCACUUUAAACCCAGAUACAUCCUGCUGGUGCCGAAGGACAAAGGGAAAUAUAAAGAACACCUGAGGAGGACAGGAUUGUUCAGCAGGCUGGAAAUCGAGGAGGCGCUGUCCAGAGUGGACGUGUACCUCCAAAUAAACCACGGCUUCCCCGGCUACUUCCAUGCGCUCAUCAACACGGAUGAUCUGGACAAGGCGUUCACAGAGCUGACUCACCUUGUGAAGGUCUACCUGGGCUUGGAGCCACCUGAAAUUCUGGACAACAUCGAAGGCGUCAGGAGCAGGGCAGGUAAAGGGGCUGGGAACUCCUGGUUUUAUCAGCAGAAUAUUCCUAUUUAUUGCUAA